CACUCUCAGACCCAACAUGGCGGUUAGCUUGUGGAUAUCUGCUUAACACCCGCUUCAAACUGACAUUUCCCUGCUGUUUUUCGUCUUAAACCACAGCAGAGUUACGUCAGUGUGAGAUAUACUUUUGGUUUGAGGUGUUUGUUGUUUUAAUUUUGCUCACAGAGACGUUUAUAAAGCUAAAGCUAACUCCUCCUCCAUAAGGAACAAUGAGAGGCUCUUCUGCGGGGAGCUGUCUCGUCUCUAAAGGGCUGGACAUCAGUUUGGCCGCUUUAAAACGACAGGAUCCUUACAUUAAUACUAUCGUGGAUGUGGCCAGUCAAGUUGCUCUUUACACUUAUAACAACAGAGCAAACGAGUGGGAGAAAACGGAGGUGGAAGGCACGCUCUUUAUCUACACAAGGUUGGCUUCUCCGCGACACGGUUUCACGAUCAUGAACAGACUGAGCAUGGAGAACCUGACGGAGCCGAUCACCAAAGACUUGGACUUCCAGCUCCAGGACCCUUUUCUGCUUUACCGCAACGCACGAUUGGUGAUCCAUGGCAUUUGGUUUUAUGAUAAAGACGACUGUCAACGCGUCGCUCAGAGGAUGAAGUUUCUGACGCACCAGGAGCAGGUGCUGGCUCAGUCUCAGGGGGGAUGGUUGUCUCCUGCAGGAAGUGAAGGGAAACCUGUGGACAUUAUCCAGAUGUUGUCCAAGGCGCGCAACGAGUACGACAAGGAGAAAUCGUCAUCUGAGCCAAAGGAGAUAGGGGGCAGUAGUGUGCUUUAUGGAAACCCAAACUUGAUCAAGCCGAUUCCUGUUAAACCCAACACUCAGGAAAACGAGGGCAGUCUUUCUCUGGCCGCUCUUUUCGGGACUCAACCCAAACUCUCUAACCCCGCCCCUUCCUCUUCAUCGUCGUCGUCCAACUUCGCCAUCAUGACGUCAUCUACGAGCAAACCCAACCGUCCCCACGUGGUCCGCACUCUCACCUACGAAAACACGACGCGCCCGGGGCAGAACGACAACCCCGGCGAGCGUCCCGGCGUUCAAAAACCAAAACAGGACGGAGGAACGCGGCAGGCGGACCAAUCGCAGCACUGUCCGGCGAUUCAGAAGCUCAUGCAGGGGCAGAGGGGGACGCUACAAACGGUGUCGGAGUCCCCGGAAAACAGGCUCAGCGACAACGGCCACCAUUUUGUUGAGCAUCAUCAGGGGUUUCACCAGACGCCACCGCAUCAUCUGCACCACCAUCAUCAUCAUCAUCAUCAUCAUAACGUCCGCCAACCGCAGCCCGUUCCACCUCAGCUUCAGCCGCAGACGCAGCUCGACGCCAUCAAGAGACUGUUCCAGAGCCAGCCGCCGGUCGCAGUGGCGCCUCAGAGUUUUACGGUGUCGCGGAAUCCGGCCGUGCCACAGCCUGCGCCCGUCCAGCCGGCGCCCGUCCAGCCGGCGCCCGUGUUCUCCCAGCAUCAGAACCAACCCUUCGUCUUCAGCACGUCAGAAGAAGGGCAACAGAACAGUCACAUCGCGGCACAUUUAACAGGGUUCUCGGGGCAGAUGGCCGGGGUGGUGUCUCCUCACGAGCUCCUCCAGAAGCUGCAGAUCGUCCAGCAGGAGCAGAGCCGCGCCUCCUCUGACCCCCCUCAGCCCGGCCCGGCCCUCGCCCCCAGGUUCAUGGGCCCCUCCCACACGGACCCGCGAGAUCCGGGUCUGAACCAGGUCCCAAACCAGGUCCCAAACCAGGUCCCAAACCAGGUCCCAAACCAGGUCCCGAACCAGACGACAGCGGGACAGAAGGCAGCUCUGCAGUUUCAGGUCAUCUCUCCUCAGAGGAUCCCGGCGACUGUCGCUCCGUCGAUGCUUCUGUCCCCCAGCGUCUUCAGUCAAACCAAACCCAGUCCAGGCCCGGCUCAAGCCCCGAGACCCGGUCCAAAUCCGGUCCAGAUCCUGUCCAGGAGCCAACUGCAAGCCACACUCCUGCAUCUCAUUCAGAACGACAGCUCUUUCCUGGACUCCAUCUAUGAAGCCUACACCAGCAGAUUCUCCACGGACUCAUGCGGCAGAUACUGACUCUGCAUGGACUGCUAUGGUUCAUCCUGUAGCCACAAAACUUAAAGGGCCGGUGUGACGCGAAACGGACUCUCCUGAGCUUUAAUCCGUGUUAGAACGCCGUUAACGCGUCAAAAAACAGACCUGGACUUGUGUUUUCGUUUCAUUUAUUAUCUGUCCGUGACGUCUCUAAAGCUCAAAACGCGACGUUCCACCUUGUGAUGUCAUCGAGUGGUCGUUUUCAAAUGUUUUAACAGCUCCUUUUGCCUUUUAGUUUCGUAGAGAUUAGCUGAAACGAUCCAAAUGAUUCUAUAAAUGAAGGUGUGUGGAGUUUAAAAAGCACUUCCUGUAUCACCACUUGAUGACAUCACAAGGUGGAACGGAGCGUUUUCAGUCCGACAGACGAGCUCAGACUAAACAAUUCAGGUUUGUUUGUGCGUUUUUAAACAUUAGAGAUCAGGAAAAACUGUGUAAUUUGAGCCGUUUAAGAUCCACGAAGGCAAUACUCUGCACAAAACCUUUACUUUAUUGUUUAUUUUAGACACCAGCACAAACAUAUUUUUAUAAUCUCGCUUUUACUUUUCUUAAAUAAUAACAACUUUGACGUAAACAAGUUUCAACGAGGGCUUGCGGUUUUAUUUUUCAUACUUCAUACAUCGCAGCACAUUUAAAUUAUAACAUUUAAAGUUUUGUAUAAAGUAUUUUUUGUACAGACGCCAUAUUUUAUUAUUAUUAUUCUACGUUUCUUUGUCAUUUUAGCGACACAUUUGACCGUUUUGACCUUUAGAAACGACAGAACCACCUGCAGUUUUAUUCAAAUCUUUAAAUAAUACUUUAAAAAAACGACAAAAUUAAGAUUAAACAUAAAAAAAAACGUAUAAAUUCCAGCCAUGAUGAAAGUUGUAGCUGUUAUUUUGAAAUGAACAGGUCGUUUUAACGCGAGGAACGGCUCUACCUCACAGAUUUAUUUAAUUUAAAGAUUGUAUUUGGCUUUUUGACUGUUUAAAAUGGCCUUAUUAUAGAAAAACGACGCACUAUUUUAACACACACAGGGAUUCAAACGAUAUAAAGUCUCUACACAUGUUUCUAGAGUCUGUAUUUUAUGUUCAAAAUAAACUUUACAGAGGAAACUAUUUUUGUAAGUCCGUAAAAUACCAGCAGCUUCUGACGUAACUGGGGAUUUUUGAUUUUAAAAUGUCGUUUCUGUCGUUUUACAUUCUGAAUAUUUUACAGACAAACACAUUUAUGAGCAGAACAUUUGGAAAAAAACUGAAAUAAAACACUUUUAUCCU